CAGACAACCCCCGAAAUAACCCUUUACUUCGACCUCGUCAGCCCAUUCAGCUACAUCGCAUUCCAGGUCCUCAGGAACUCCUUAGUCUAUAAGUCCUGCAAGAUAACGUACACCCCCGUCGCCCUGCGCACUCUACUCGUCACAUGCGGAAACCCCCCUCCUAUCGCUAUAAAAAAUAAGUUGACGUACAUCAACCGUCACCGCUUAGUAUGGUCCCAUCGCCUCAACAUCCCCAUGACCGAGACCGUUCCCGCGGGCUUUCCUUUCCCGACAGCAGACAUUCAAUCCCUUCUCGCGCUCGUCGCUGUCUCGCAUCCUGAGAAGCUAGUGGAGAUAGUGGAGCGCCUGUAUAUUUCUAUUUGGGCAGCCGGGGACUCUGCUUUCGCCACGGUUCCCGAGAGGUAUAAGGAGGUUUUAGCGGACGUUCUGGGAGGCGACGUUAUGGAGGGCCUAAUGAGUCAGGAGCAACAAGCCGAAGGAAAAGCUCUGCUGGAAUCAAACACCCUGCAGGCCUUCCAGGAGGGAGCAUUCGGACUACCAUGGCUGAUGUGCACGAGUCCGUCUGGAGAGAAGGAGGGAUUCUGGGGCGUGGAUCAUCUGGGGCUGGUUGCGGACUUCUUG